AUGCUCAGAAGUAUUCUGAUGAACAAUAACUAUGAGAUGGAAUCGGGCGUGAACGACCCUGGACCGCCGAAAAUUGAAGUCUGUUCAGAGGAUGUCAACAAUAUCCCAGCGCACAAUAAUGUUAUUGAGCCUGUUAGAUCACGAAAGCGCCUUUAUGACUCAAGUCUAACCAUCCCGCCUGCCAUCAUUCUUUUGUCGGCUAUCGUGCUGAAAUUUGAACUGAAAAUGAGCGACGAUGUAUCCCUUCUUGACAGUGACCUUCGACAAGCCCCAAGGGGACCAGUCCAGCGCAACACCGUAGCAGGUGUCCCCGCCCGACUCAAACCAUGGCGCAUAAUCUUUCAAAUGGUAAUUUUCAAUCUUGUGUCUUUAUUUGUCAUGGUCCUCCACUGGGUAUUCUUCGACCAGCUGAACAAUAGACCAGUCGACGAAACAAUCCCCCAGAAUCUCUCAUCCGCCCUAGCCAAUUUCCUAGCCAUUUUAGCAGAGAUUGCCCUUCUCGGAGGUCUCGGUAUCGCCUACGAACAAAUUCUGCGCAACGUUUGGAAGAAACGACCAGUAUUUGGAUUAGAGGAAGUACUCGGAACCCUCAACUCCAGCCCGUGGAAUCUCUUUCGACGUAAAGUCUUCCGUUGGAUCAGCAAGGUUAGAGAGCUUUGGAUAGUCAGCCUACUCUGCGCCGGGAUUCCGUUUGCGAUUGUGUUCCCGCCUGGUGCUCUGACUGUCGAGUUCGAGAAUUCUGUCAUUACGACGCUGCGCAAUGUGCCGACUAUGAACAUCAGCGACUAUGGAAAUGGGACGUAUGGAUCGUUUGUUGAGAAGUCUUUGUUUGAGAUGAAUGGCGACUUCAGCUACAUGAAUGAAGUACGACCUAGUCUCAGAGCGUUGGCUAGUCAAGUUCUCUCUUCAGACGGCCCGCGAUUCAAUUGCCGACACAUCGGCCCCGAAGAAGCACUGAUUAGCAAUUGUCCAACUAUCUACGCGGCCAAAGACCACAUCAACCGCAGUUCAGAUGCUCUAUACAGCCGCGCCAGCAAUUCCUUCAAAAUAAGCUGGUUCGCAGAAUUGUGCAAUAAUCAGACCCUGAAGACACUGGAUUGCCAUACAACGCUAGCAACAUAUAAUCUCCAGAUAAACAACUCACGCGAUGCAUCUCAGUCCAUCACCGUGAAGGUUGAGAAUGAAAGAGAAUUCUGGAAUGACACAGCUUGGAUCCAAACGCAAUUCUUCUAUUAUUUCUUCUACGGGGAUGAUCCUUUCGAAGUAUUGAAAGCCAACGACACCCUGCGCGCCAACUUUACAAAUGCACAGGCUUUUGCGAUUAGCCGAGGGGCGGUGGAUGCUCUGCAAGGUGCAGCGACGAGGAAUUUGGAUGGUUUUAGCCGAUUUUUCCAAGGAAACGCUACAGAAGUUUUAGGUAGUCCCUACGUCGGCAUGAAAGAUAGGUUCAGUACUGAGCUUGAUAUCACGCCGGAAAAGAUUGAGCGUUAUCUACAAGAUGUGGUGGUAUCGACAAUCUCGCUGGGUGUAUCGACACACGAUGGGGAUGUGCAGGCUAAAACAGGGGCAGAGAUUUACAAGUUUAGCGACAAGGUUCAAUUCUUUGCGGGUUAUGGGUCCUCUGUUGCUGUUGCUGUCUGCAUUUGUGUUUUUAGUUGCAUUUCCAUCAUCCGGAACCGGGGAGCAAGUGGUCCUACGCUCGUUAGAGCCAUACCGCUGCAGAGAUUUGAGGCUCUAGGAUAA